AAGCGGGGGGAAAUAAUGAUUGGAGGAAUUUUCCCUGUUUUCCACAAAGAGAUUGGCAGCAUUUAUACAUUUGAAAGUGAACCACCAGGGGUAAAGUGUGAAGGUUUUGACCUCCGUGCUUUUCGAUGGACCCAAGUGAUGAUAUUUGCAAUAGAAGAAAUCAACAAAGACCACACACUCCUGCCAAACAUAACUCUUGGCUACAGGAUCCUGAACUCAUGUGCAUCUCCCACAAAUACUUUACGUGCAGCACUGACACUGGCAAGUGGGCAAGAGGAGAACAAUUCAACAUUAUUGUGUUCUCCAGCAAUCUCUGCCCUCAUAGCAGAGUCAGGAUCAUCUCAGUCCUUAGCUGUGGCUGGAAUUUUUGGACCAUUUCAAGUUCCAGUUGUAAGUUACUUCUCAACAUGCGCCUGCCUGAGUAACAGAGUUAAAUACCCUACAUUUUUUCGAACAAUCCCCAGCGACUACUUCCAGGCAAAAGCUCUGGCGGCACUGGUCAAACGUUUUGGCUGGCAGUGGAUUGGCACUAUACAGUCUGACAAUGAUUAUGGCCGAAAUGGGAUCCUGGCUUUCACAGAAGAGGUUAAAAAGCUUGGGAUUUGUAUUGCAUUUGUUGGAACAGUUCUACGUACAUACACUGUAGAUAAAAUCCUGAAUGUAGUGGAAAUGAUCAAGCAGUCAACGGUCAAAGUCAUUCUGGCUUUUGUUCCUGAGGGCGACAUUUAUCCACUGAUGAAAGAAGUAGUGAAACAGAACAUUACUGGAAUUCAGUGGAUUGGUAGUGAGGCAUGGAUAACAGCAACACGGCCCUCCACACCUGAAAUCUAUCAAGCUUUUGGUGGAGCUCUAGGAUUUGUGAUGCAGAAGAUGGCUAUACCAACUCUAAAACCAUUUCUCACAAACAUUAACCCGAAUACAGACCUAAGUGCGGCCUUUGUCAGGACGUUCUGGGAGAUUAUGGUGGGAUGUAAACCUGAUUUACACAGUGAAAACACAGGUACUGAUGUGGCAAAUGACAUGUGCAAAGGCAACGAGACAUUAUUGUAUUCCCAGGAUGCAUUCUUUAAUGUCACACAGCUAAGAGUGUCAUAUAAUGUGUACAAGGCAGUCUAUGCCAUUGCACAUGCCCUACAUGAACUGGUAUUCUGCCAACCAGCUGGAGGAGAAGCAGUGAGGCAAUGUUUGAAUAUAUCAGAAAUUCAAUCCAAGCAGGUCACUGCUCAGCUACAAAGGGUACGUUUCCAAAAUAAAUUUGGAGAUUUGGUGUUCUUUGAUGAGAACGGCAACCCUCCUGCUUCUUAUGACAUUAUUAACUGGCAGCUGAGAGAUGGUCAGGUCCGACAUGUGACACUGGGCAAUUUUGCUUCUUCUGCUAAUGGUGAUUAUAAGCUAAGCAUUCGGGAGGAAGAGAUUGUGUGGAGAACAGGAAAACUGGUUCCCUCAUCAGUAUGCUCUAUUGUUUGUCCAGUAGGAACCAGGAAAGCGCAAAUUAAAGGAAAGCCUCUCUGCUGCUUUGACUGUAUUCCUUGUGCAGAUGGAACUAUUGCCAACUCAACGGGUGCAGCAGACUGCACACCAUGUCCACAAGAGUACUGGUCCAGUGACAGAAAAGACGAGUGCAUUCCCAAAUCAGUUGAAUAUCUGACAUACCACGAGCCCAUGGGGAUAGCUAUCACAGCCGUGUCCCUGCUGGGAGCCUUGUUGUCCCUGGCCACAGUGAUGGUUUUUGUCCAGUACAGAAAAACCCCAGUGAUAAAGGCCAGCAACUCUGAGCUCAGCUGUUUCCUGUUGUUUUCUCUUUUCCUGUGUUUUCUCUGUCCACUCACCUUCAUUGGCAGACCUACAGUGUGGACAUGCAUGCUCCGCCACACAGCUUUUGGUGUGACAUUUGCACUCUGUAUUUCCUGUGUCUUGGGAAAAACGAUUGUUGUUGUUACAGCUUUCAAAGCCACAAUUCCAGGCAACAAAGUUGCAGGAAGGUUUGGACCCGCACAACAAAGAUUAAUUGUUUGCUCCUGCACUUUAAUUCAGAUUGUAAUAUGUAUCUUGUGGCUUAAGUUAAAUCCUCCUUUCCCAGACAUGGAUUUCAGAUACAGCAAUAGGAAGAUUGUGUUAGAAUGUAACACAGGGUCAGAGGCUGCUUUCUAUGCAGUGUUGGGUUAUAUAGGAAUCCUUGCAAUCAUUUGUUUGGGCCUGGCAUUUUUAGCAAGGAAGUUGCCAGAUAACUAUAAUGAAGCUAAAUUCAUCACAUUCAGCAUGUUGAUAUUCUGUGCGGUCUGGAUCACCUUCAUUCCAGCAUAUGUCAGCUCUCCUGGAAAGUUUACUGCAGCUGUGGAAACAUUUGCAAUUUUGUCCUCUGCAUUUGGCCUGUUAAUGUGUAUAUUUGCCCCUAAAUGCUACAUAAUAUUGAUCAAACCAGAGAAAAAUACCAAGAAACAUGUCAUGGCAAAAAAAAUACAACAACAAAAUGUGACUUCUUAGUUUUAAGACAUGAUGAUACUGAUAAAUGGCAUAUGUCAAACCAAA